AUGAAUGAUUGUGGACAAAUACCAAAUUCCAUAGGAAAUUUAAGUAACUUGGCAGACCUGAAUUUGUCUCAGAAUGCCUUGGAAGGGACAAUUCCACCAACCUUUGGAGGGCUAUUGAAACUUCAGGAAAUGGAGCUUGGAUAUAACAAAUUUCAAGGACCCUGUCCUAGUGAAUUAUUUUAUUUAUUGAACUUAGGACGAUUAAGUUUGAGCAGCAAUCUGAUUUCUGGUAGACUUCCUAGUUGCAUAGGGAAUAUUACUUCCUUAAGAUAUCUAGAUCUGGACUCCAACAAUUUAAGUUUUAACUUGCCCUCAAAUUUGUGGAGACUCAGGGAUAUCUUGGAGCUUAAUUUGUCCACAAAUUCUUUCUGCGGUUCAUUAUCCUCUGAAAUUGAAAAUUUGAAGGCACUAAUAAUUGUGGACCUAUCUGUCAAUAACUUUUUUGGAGAUAUUCCCACAGCCAUAGGAGCACUACAGAGUUUACAGGCCCUAUCCUUGAAGCAUAUAGGCUGCAAGGAUUUAUUCCGGAAUCUAUGA